UCCCCUUGUGACUCUGAUACAGGUUCUCCACAUACGAUUCUACUUGCCAAAUUGCACAAGAGAUUGCUGAGAAAAUUCAACAGCGGAAUCGGUAUGAAAGAAAUGGUGAAAAUACAACCAAGGUCCAGCCUGAUGACCGGAGGGGCUAAGCGAGGAGUACCCAGCCCUUGGCUCUUGGAGGAGCCAGAGGAGACCAGAGGCUUGGGUGUUGAUGGAAUCCGACAGCAGCAGCAGCAGAUCAUCCAAGUUUAUGCCAGAGUGGCUUCAUUCAUACAGAUGAACCAAGGAUUGGGAUAGCGCUAUACCAUUAGAAUCAGACAGCUGAUUGCCCAGCAGGAUGCCAUCCACUAUCCCAACAGAGGGCCUGAAAGACCCUGAAAUUGCAGAACUCUUCUUCAAAGAAGAUCCAGAGAAGCUCUUCACAGAUCUCAGAGAAGUUGGCUAUGGAAGCUUUGGAGCAGUGUACUCUGCACGAGAUGUGUGCACCAAUGAAGUGGUGGCUAUCAAGAAAUUAUCUUAUACUGGAAUGUGGUCUACGAAGAGAUGGCAGGGUAUUAUUAAGGAAGUCAGGUUUCUACGAACAUUAAAACAUCCCAACAUUGUAGAAUACAAAGGCUGCUAUUUACGUGAGCACACAGCAUGGCUUGUAAUGGAAUAUUGUAUAGGAUCUGUUUCAGAUUUUCUGAAAGUUCACAAAAAGCCAUUACAAGAAUUAGAAAUAGCAGCAAUUACACAUGGUGCUCUCCAGGGAUUAGCCUACAUACAUUCUCAUGCCAUGAUCCAUAGAGAUAUCAAAGCAGCAAAUAUCCUUCUGACAGAACAAGGCCAGGUGAAACUUGCUGACUUUGGAUUGGCUUCCAUGGUCUCUCCUGCCAGGUCUUUUGUGGGAACGCCAUAUUGGAUGGCCCCAGAAGUAAUUUUAGCCAAGGAUGAAGAACAACAAUAUGGUACCGAAGUAGAUAUUUGGUCUCUUGGAAUAACAUGUAUUGAACUAGCUGAAAUGAAGCCUCCUUUAUGGAGUGAUAGUUCAGUAAAUGUCUUCAGUCACAUAAUCAGAAGUGAAUCCCCUACACUACAGUCUACUGAAUGGUCUUAUCAUUUUCGACACUUUGUAGAUUCUUGCCUCCAGAAAAUCCCUCAAGAUCGCCCUACAUCACAGAAACUUUUAAAGCACAUGUUUGUUCUUCGGGAGUGCCCUGAAACAGUGUUAAAAGAUCUCAUUCAGAGGACAAAGGUCCUUUCCCAGGAGGCACCUAAUGGACCAGCAGUAGAAUCACAGGAAGAAGAGGAUCUAGAUUACUGUGUUGGAUGGAAAGGGACAGUGAAUAGUGUUGAAAGUCAUCAGGCUGUUGCCAGUAUGUCCAGCGGGGCCAGUAGUCAAAGCACUAGUGUCAACAUUUUUCCAGAUGCCUCAGAUGAUGAGAGAGAGCUAGACAUGAUGGAGGGAUACCACACAGUCAUGCCUAGUAGUUCUGUCAUCCAUUUAAAACCCGUUACAAGGCAAAUGCAAGAACACGAGCCUAGAGAACAAAUGUUUUGUUACAUCGAAAUGAGAUGGCAACAUCGAAAAAAGCUGGUGACUCUGGAAGAUAAGCUAAAGGCUGAGAUGUAUGAGCAUCGUUUCAGAAUAGAAAAAGAUUUUGAAACUCAGUGUAACAACUUUGCGGCAGAAAUGGAGAAACUUAUUGAGAAACAUCAGGCUGCUCUGGAAAAAGAGGCUAAAGUGAUGUCCAAUGAGGAGAAAAAAUUUCAGCAACAUCUUCAGGCCCAACAGAAGAAAGAACUGAGUAACUUUUUGAAGUCCCAGAAGAGAGAAUAUAAACUUCAGAAGGGACAGCUUAAGAAGGCACUGAAUGAAAGCCAGAGCGCCCCAAGGAAAGAAAAACAGGAAUGGCUGUCAAAGCAGAUAGAGAACAUCCAGCAUCUCCAAGCAGCGGAAAAGACUGAUCUUCUUCAACAUCAGAGACAGUGCCUAGGACUGCAAUGCCGUCUCUUCCAAAGAAAGAUAUUUCUUGGGCGCUGUAACUUGGAGCAGGACCUUGUCAUGGAGGAGUUAAAUAAGAGGCAGACUCAAAUGGACUUGGAGUAUGCAAUGCUACUGCGACAUCAUGAAUCCAUGCAAGAACUGGAGUUCCGUCAGCUCAACACAAUGCAGAAGAUGUGCUGUGAGCUGAUCAGAUUGCAGCAUCAAGCCGAGCUCACUAACCAGCUGCAGCAUAAUAAAUGGAGAGAACAAGAACUAAGGCGAAAGCACAUCAUGGAGGUUCGACAACAGUCUAAGAGGCUGAAGUCUAAAAAGCUCCAAAUCAAAAAGCAGUUCCAGGACACCUGCAAAAUCCAAACCAGACAGUACAAAGCUUUAAGAAAUCACUUACGGGAAUCUACACCAAAGAGUGAGCGCAAAGCUGCUCUGAAAUGGCUCGAGAAGUAGCAUACCCGGAAGUUAGCCAUCUUAGCUGAGCAGUGUGACCACAGCAUUCGUGAAAUGCUCUCCACACAAGCCCUGCGUUUGGAUGAAGCACAGAAGGCAGAGUGCCAGGUUUUGAAACUGCAGCUGCAGCAGGAACUGGAGCUGUUGAAUUCAUAUCACAGCAAAAUGAAGAUGCAGGCUGAGGCACAAGAUGAUCGAAAGCUUCGGGAGCUUGAACAGAGGGUCUCCUACCGCAGGGCACUCUUACAACAACAGAUAGAAGAAGAGGUAUUCAAAUUUCAGAAUGAAUCUACGGAAUGAAUGCGAAGCCUGCUGGAGCGUCGAGCAACAGAAAUGAAAUCUUUCAAGUCUGAAAGUGAGAGACUGGGUUUUAGUAACCUUGCCCUUACGCAUUCAGCCACAGCUCCUCCAGAGCUUCUGAUUGGCCUCACAGUCCUACUGGGGGUCCAGGACCUCACUCGGGGCAUCCCAUAGGUGGCACACCACAAGCCUGCAGUCAUCCAGUGCAAGGUGGGCCCCCAGUCAUGGAGGUCACCAUUCCACGCCAAUGCAUUGGGUACCCCAAGGUAGCAGUAUGGGAGUUGGCAAUAGCCCUCAGGCUCUGAGGCAGACAGCUGCCGGGGGACG